CUCUCUCUCUCUCUCUCUCACACACACACGCACACCGUUCGUUACGUGCAUGCGACUGAUUUCCUAAUCUUCGAUCCAUAAUUUUCCCGAGCGAGAGCUCCUGAUCGGGGAGAGCCUAACAAUGGCGGCGUAUAGAGCAGACGAUGAUUAUGAUUACCUCUUCAAGGUUGUCUUGAUAGGAGAUUCUGGUGUCGGAAAAUCUAAUUUACUCUCUCGAUUCACGCGCAACGAAUUCAGCCUCGAGUCCAAAUCCACCAUCGGAGUCGAAUUCGCCACCCGGAGCAUCCGUGUCGAUGAUAAGAUCGUGAAGGCUCAGAUUUGGGACACCGCUGGUCAGGAGAGAUACCGAGCGAUCACAAGCGCAUACUACAGAGGAGCUGUGGGAGCUUUGCUUGUGUACGACGUCACACGACACGUAACGUUUGAAAACGUCGAAAGAUGGCUGAAAGAGCUUCGAGACCACACAGACUCCAACAUCGUGAUCAUGCUCGUCGGGAACAAGGCAGAUCUCCGCCAUCUACGAGCUGUUUCAACCGACAACUCAAAGGCAUUUGCCGAGAGAGAGAACACUUUCUUCAUGGAGACAUCUGCCCUCGAAUCAAUGAAUGUCGAGAACGCUUUCACCGAGGUGCUCUCUCAGAUAUACCGUGUGGUGAGCCGGAAAGCGCUGGAUAUAGGAGAGGAUCCAGCUGCACUUCCCAGGGGACAGACCAUCAAUGUCGGGUCUAAGGACGAUGUUUCUGCCGUCAAGAAGGUCGGUUGCUGCUCAAGUUGAUUUUCCAGCAUCUGGGUCUGUCGUGUCUCUGGUAAUAUACCAGUUUCCUGUAUUGUUCUUGUAGGGUUUUUCACUAACCCCCUGAAAGUUGAUCCAUAGGAAGAAGAUAACUAAUCUCUCCCUUUUGUUGUCCUUUUGAUCGAUAUCACACAAAAACAGUUAACUUAUGUAAUCGAUCAUCGUUUUACUAAAUUGCCAAAUACAGCAUU